UAGACGCCAUACCCUAGUACAAGACAAAUUGCAGUUGUGUAUUCCGCUUAUAACUCUAAGUGCAAUAUCACAACCAUUGUUUGCAACUUCACACCGGCAAAAACAGCAGAAACCGGUCGGUUGUAUAGCUUUUGAUUGUUGAGGAUGGGUGUUGUUUGUGUUUAUGCAUACAACAUACCCGAGGGUAAAAGUGGGCAGCAGGUGGUGGAUGGUCUACAAAAACAGAUGGAGGUCAUUGGUGCAACCAAGACAGGCAAUUUCUGUGUGGAUUGUGAAACGUACCAGUCGCAUGCUCAGAAUGCUCAACAAAGGUCUAUACAUAUUUUGCAUAACAGUGAACAACCAGCGUCUUGCUUUUCUGUUUUGGAUUCUGGGACCGUCUUAGUGUCGGACAUGUUAUUUGACUUAAUUAUGAAUACAAUGACUCAGGCCAAAUCUGGACGUGAAGGAUUCUUCCAGCAGAGAAAAGGUUUCAAAAUAGAGUCACGUGGCCAGAGAUAUGAGCUGGCAGACUUCGUCAUAAAGAUUGGCUCUGUGUCCCUUGUGGCAAACUUCAAAGGUGUUCUCAUAGAGGUUGAAUAUUGUCCUUGUCAAGUUCCAAGUGAUUGUUGGAAUCUAAUGAAAGAACUUUUACAAAGUAUUGUUGGUAAUACAGCAGAUACUCCACCACCAUAUAUAAAGAAUAAAAUGGACACUUUAUACACUCCGGCAGAUACCAUCAACCAGUACCUGGAGCACUUCAAUGCCUUCAGGAAAACUGCCACCCCUGGACAGCAGAACAGAUGAUACCAUCUCCGGUUUGAAAACAAACUAAAUGCACAGAAUCUGAAAGAACAUAUUUUAAAUGGAAUUGACCAUCUAUUGUUUUAAAAAUUAAGUGAAAGCUGCAUCAGAUAUGGAAAAAUAAGUGAAAAAAAGAAAACUGAAAUAAUGUUUUGAGGGAAGUUAAUCUUUGUUCAUUGUGAUAGUAUAAUCACAUCUUAGAUGUAAAAGGACAAGCUACAAUUUGCUUGUGUUAUAUACAUUUACAUAACAUGAUCAAUUUUCAAUGAUCCUAUCAUAAGUCACUCACUGAUCAUGUCCAUAUGAUUUGACAAAUAAUGUAGCAAUGAAGUUAAAGCUGUUUUUGUCAGCAAUGUCACUGGUGCAAUUCAAAUACAUUCAAAUUAGUAUGUAUACAAUAUAUGUUGGGUAAUUCUGUUAUAGACAAUGGUAGAUGCAAGUUUGAUUGUUGAGAACACUUGAUUUUCAUGUGCUGCAUGAGUGUACAUGUCAAAUGUCACAAUUGUUAUCUGUCAUGCUGAUAGUUACAUGUGUGUACUCCAUAGUUUUUGUACACUGAAAUAACAUUGAUGUGUAAAUAAAAAAAAACAUUCUUUAAAUCAUGCUUGAAUAUGAUUCUGCAGGGAAAUUUUCUGUUUACAGAGUAAAUGAUGUAUUAGCACAUAGAUUUAGUAUGGCUGAAAUUAAAUUACCAGGGUACA